GUAGGGAAAAAACGCGUCGACGGCGGCAACCAUACUUUCGUUCGAGAAGCUGCAGGAAUCUUUGCUUCUUCUCCGCGUCGAAAGUAAUAGUGUUUAAUUACAGACAGUCGUUCAUAUUUUAGGCUCCAUGGACGCCAACCGGAACAACACCAACAAAGGAAAGAAACCUAACAACAACGGCACCAAUCCCAACAUGGAGAGUGAGAGUAAAUAUCUGCCCGAGCUGCUGGCGGAGAAGGACAGCCUGGAUGCGUCGUUCACUCACGCCAUGAAACUGCUAACUGCAGAGAUCGAACGGAUCCAGAAAGGCGAGCCAAAGAAAGACGGCGAGACGUACCUGGACCUGUUCACCGCCAAAAAUGUGCGGGUGAAAGAACGAGUGCUUAUUCCUGUCAAACAGUACCCCCGGUUCAACUUUGUUGGGAAGAUUCUCGGACCCCAGGGAAGCACCAUCAAAAGACUGCAGGAGGAGACCGGAGCCAAGAUUUCAGUCCUGGGCAAGGGCUCCAUGAGGGACAAGAACAAGGAAGAAGAGCUGAGGAAAGGAGGGGAGCCCAAAUACGCUCACCUGUCCAUGGAGCUGCACGUGUACAUCGAAGUGUUUGCGCCGAUCCCUGAAUGCUACCUGCGUAUGGCUCACGCUAUGGACGAGGUCAAGAAGUUCCUCGUGCCUGUGGACAACAUGGACGAGAUGCACCAGGAUCCCUUCAUGGACGUCGGGUAUCUGAACGGUGCUCAGGACGCCCCCACUCGUGGCCGCGGAGGACCUGGCCGGGGCCGUGGCGGCCCACCACUUCCCAUGCCCGGAGCCAGGGGUCGUGGCAUGCUCCCACGUGGUGGCGCCCCUCGUGGCGGUGCCCCCAGAGGAGGCCCAGGAAGAGGUGGAGCAGGUAGGGGAGCACCCGUAGGCCGGGGCGGACAUCCUUCUUCCUCCUCUAACCGAGGAGGUGCUGCGGGACGGUCCCGACCCCCCACUGCCUCUCAGAGGAUGGCAACUGCACCCUCGCUAUCUCAUCAGCAGCAUCAAGGCCAAGAGUCGUACGAGGAAUACUCGUAUGACGAGACCUACGCUGAAACUCCAUAUGAAGGUUAUGAAAACUAUUACAACCAGUCAGCACCACAGGGAGAAACCGAGUACUAUGACUACGGUCAUGGUGAGGCUCAGGAAAACUACGAGUCAUACGCUGAGGACGAUUGGGAAGGUGCUGCAUGGGGUAGCGGCGGAGGCAAAGCUCCUGCUGCCCGGCAGAAUAAAGGAAACUAUCGCGAACACCCGUACGGAAGAUUCUGAGACGUGUCGCUCGCUCUGGUUGCCUGGGCAACUGCCUCCAAUUGUAACUCCUUUUAACAGCUCAAAGUAAUUUUUAGAUAUUUUGUCCUUUUUUUUUAUUAUUAUUUUGUUUUAUUCUUUAUGUUCACCUCCUUUUUAAUGUUCUGGUAAAAAAACAACAACCUUUUGUAGUUAGAUUAAGGAAUAUAUAUAUGCUCACUUAGGACUUUCAUUUUAGCGCUUCCUCUUUGCAUUGUUGGCUUGUGCAGUAUGCUUGCUGAUAUAUUUUUCUUUUUUUUUCUUCUUUGGAAUAUGUAGUUAUUGUGGGUAAAACGUAGAAGCCUGAAUUCUGACUACAAAUAGUUGACUUUUGCGCAUAAAAAAAAAAAAAAAAAAAAGACUGAGUAUUACGAUCCUUAAAAAGAAAAGAAACAAUCUCGCAGAAAGGCUUCAAAUUGAAAAAGAAAGAAGUGUUUAAAAGGCGCUGUUCAAACCCAACACUAAACACCAACGUUAAACUGACAGGAAUAGAAAUGUGAGCUGUUUGGACGAGUUUAACAGAAUCCUGAAUUUUCUCUGGAGAAACAAUAUGUUCGAUUUCCGGCGCAGUAUAUUUGUUCAAAAAAGAAAAAAUAAUAAAUCAAAUUCCGUUGGUUAUGAACUUUCUCCUUUUUUUUUAUGUAAUGGAAACAUGUGGCCAAUUUAAAAUUGUAUAUAAGUUACCUAUGGUUAAUCUUUUUUUAUUAUUAUUUUUUUAUUUUUGCUGUCUAUAGUUUUGCAUUUCACAAAAAAUUAAAUCCUUGUGUUCGUUGCCUAAAUAGGGAACUAAACCUGUCUUUCUGUAGUAUGUCAGUCAAUAAAGCGCAGUCUUGUUUUCCAGCUAACAAA